GGAAACUCACCGGAAGACUUGCGUGCGACGCCAACCGAGCCUGUGGUAUCAAAUGAUUCCUGAUAUGCAUUACGAAUAAAAAUCAAGUUAGUCUGUUACUCUCUUCUCUUUUAACAUGGCUGUUAGCGCCGUUUAUCUCGGAUCAGACGCCUUUCUUGUCUGUAUGAACCAUGCCUUAAGUACGGAGAAAGAAGAGGUUAUGGGACUAUGCAUUGGAGAGGUUGAUACAAAUCGCAUUGUACACAUUCACUCUGUGAUCAUCCUGCGGCGGUCAGACAAAAGGAAAGAUCGUGUCGAAAUAUCACCUGAACAGCUCUCUGCUGCCUCAACCGAGGCAGAAAGAUUAGCUGAGAUGACUGGGCGCCCAGUGAGAGUUGUUGGAUGGUAUCACUCCCAUCCACAUAUCACAGUUUGGCCAUCACACGUCGAUGUGAGAACUCAAGCAAUGUAUCAGAUGAUGGAUCAAGGAUUUGUGGGACUUAUUUUUUCUUGUUUCAUUGAGGACAAGAACACUAAAACAGGUAGAGUGCUUUACACCUGUUUCCAGUCAGUCCAGGCACAGAAAGGCUCAGAGUAUGAGAGAAUAGAGAUUCCAAUUCAUGUGGUACCACAUGAGGCCAUUGGUAAAGUCUGCCUGGAAUCAGCUGUAGAGCUCCCCAGGAUCCUUUGCCAAGAGGAGCAGGACACAUACAGAAGGAUCCACAGCUUAACCCACCUGGACCCAAUCACAAAGAUACAUAAUGGCUCAGUGUUUACCAAGAACCUGUGUAGUCAGAUGUCUGCUGUGAGUGGCCCAUUACUGCAAUGGCUGGAGGACCGUCUUGAACAGAAUAAGCAGAGCAUUCUGGAGCUGCAACAGGAGAAAGAGCGCCUCACCCUGGAACUUGCCUCCUUGUAACGAAAUGCAUGAAUGGGAAUGCAUGGAGUGAAGUGUCUGUUAUUUUUUAUUUGAUCAUUUGAUGAGAGAGCACUUGUACACAUCCUUACAGACUUUUAAGGAUGUAUAUAAAUUAAUUUAAAAUGAUCACAACACACAGAUCUUCUGACAAUGUGAUUGAAAUUUUGUGGAAACUUGCUAACAUUUUUUUAUGUGUGUGAUUUCUUAAAGUUAAUUGUAUCCACUUAAGUUUUGAAGCCAUAUUGUGCUCUACUCACACUGCCAAUAUUCCCACAAUCUUGUUUCUCUUUCUCUCUCUAGUCCACUGUUGGGUCACUCUGCCUCAAUAGACCAAUAUUUUAUGUCAAGAGGCUUAUACUUAAAUAUGUGUGCUUAUAAUUAAAUAGACUUAAAUUUAUGGGAAUUAAUGGGAAUUGCUAAUAAAAUACCAAUAAUGUGGUAA